AUGGCUAAGCCACCAAGCAAAGAUUCUGGGCUAAAGGAGAAGUUCAGGACUCUGUUGGGGCUGGGAACACCAAGACCUCCCAGGUCUUCUGAGGGCAAACAGACUGAGUUUAUCAUCACUGCUGAAAUUUUAAAGGAACUCAGUGUAGAGUGUGGCUUGAAUAAUCGGAUUCGGACAAUAGGUCAAAUCUGUGAAGUAGCAAAAACCAAGAAAUUUGAAGAGCAUGCGGUGGAAGCUAUCUGGAGAGCUGUAGCUGACAUGCUUCAGCCAGAGAGACCGGCAGAAGCCCGGCAUGCAGUUCUAUAUCUGCUGAAGGCCAUUAUUCAGGGUCAGGGAGAACGCUUGGGUGUUCUCAGAGCACAUCUAUUUAAGGUAAUCAAGAAUUACCCUUCCAAUGAAGACCUGCAUGAGAGACUUGAAGUUUUCAAGGCUCUCACUGACAAUGGGAGAUAUAUAACAUACUUGGAAGAAGAACUGGCUGACUUUGUCCUGCAGUGGAUGGAUAUUGGUUUAUCGUCAGAAUUUCUUCUGGUGCUCGUGAACCUGGUCAAAUUUAAUAGCUGUUACCUAGAUGAAUAUAUUGCUUCAAUGGUCCACAUGAUCUGUUUGCUUUGCAUUCGAACUGCAUCUUCUGUGGACAUAGAGGUCUCCUUGCAGGUCCUAGAUGCUGUGGUUUGUUAUAAUUGCCUUCCCUCAGAGAGCCUCCCUGUGUUUAUCAUCACACUGUGCCGGACCAUCAAUGUCAAAGAGCUCUGUGAGCCCUGCUGGAAGCUCAUGCGUAAUCUUCUGGGAACCCAUUUGGGCCACAGUGCUAUAUACAACAUGUGUCGUAUCAUGGAGGACAGAGCCUACAUGGAAGAUGCCCCUUUGCUGAGAGGAGCAGUAUUCUUUGUUGGGAUGGCUCUCUGGGGUGCUCACAGACUGUAUUCACUCAAGAAUUCACCUACGUCAGUAUUGCCUUCUUUUUAUGAGGCCAUGACUUGUCCCAAUGAGGUGGUUUCCUAUGAGAUAGUCCUGUCCAUCACCAGGCUUGUGAAGAAGUACAGGAAGGAGCUACAAGCAGUUACUUGGGACAUUCUUCUAAAGAUUAUUGAGCGACUACUACAGCAAUUGCAGAGUAUAGAAAGCCAAGAGCUCAAAACCAUUGUUCAUGAUUUGUUGACCACUGUUGAAGAGCUCUGUGAUCAGAAUGAAUUCCAUGGCUCAGAGGAGAGAUUCUUUGAACUUGUCGAGAGAUGUGCAGACCAGCGGCCGGAAUCCUCCCUUUUAAACUUAAUAACCUAUAGAGCUCAAUCUAUUCAUCCUGCCAAAGAUGGCUGGAUUCAUAACUUACAGUUAUUAAUGGAGAGAUUCUUCAGGAAUGAGACCCGCAGUGCUGUGCGCAUUAAAGUACUCGACGUUUUAUCCUUUGUUCUGAGUAUUAACAGCCAGUUUUAUGAGGAGGAGCUGAUUAACAUGGUAGUCAUCUCACAACUAGCCCACAUACCUGAGGACAAAGACCACCAAGUCCGAAAACUAGCUACUCAGCUGCUGGUGGACUUGGCAGAAUGCUGUCACACUCAUCACUUUAACAGCUUGCUGGAUAUCAUUGAAAAGGUGAUUGCACGUUCACUUUCUCCUCCUCCUGAAUUGGAAGAUCGGGACUUAGCCUCAUAUUCGGCUUCUUUAGAAGAUGUGAAAACUGCUGUACUUGGCCUUCUGGUUAUUCUUCAGACCAAGCUCUAUACCUUGCCUGCCAGUCAUGCCUCCAGAGUGUAUGAGAUGCUGGUCAAUCACAUUCAGUUGCAUUACAAGUACAUGUAUAAGCUUCCAAUCGCCAGCAGCAUCAGGCUUAAGGCCUUUGACUUUUUGCUACUGCUCCGAGCUGAUUCACUCCAUCGUCUCGGCCUUCCCAAUAAAGAUGGUGUUGUGAGAUUUAGCCCCUAUUGCCUCUGUGACAACAUAGAACCUGAAAGAGGCUCUGAGAAGAAGGCCAGUGGUGGUACCCUCUCUCCACCCACAGGGCCUCCCAGCAUUGCUGCGCAAGGUGCAUCUGUCCGCUUGGGUUAUUUGCCCUAUUCCCGAUUCUUUGGAGUGCUACUUCAGUGUUUGAAGCAGGAGACUGACUGGAAAGUAUUGAAACUGGUUCUCAGUAAGCUGCCUGAGUCCCUCCGAUAUAAAGUUCUCAUUUUCACUUCUUCUUGCAAUGUAGACCAGCUGUCGUCUGCUCUCUGCUCAAUGCUUUCAGAUAAAAAGACUCCUGAGCGACUCUCUGGCACACCCGAUGCGUUCUCUCGAACAGACUUACAUUUGGCAGUGGUUCCAGUACUGACAGCUUUGAUAUCUUACCAUAACUAUCUGGAUAAAACUAAACAGCGAGAGAUGGUGUAUUGCCUGGAGCAUGGUCUCAUUUACCGGUGCGCUAACCAGUGUGUUGUGGCCCUGUCAGUGUGCAGUGUGGAAAUGCCGGAUGUCAUCAUCAAAGCGCUGCCAGUCCUGAUUGUGAAACUCACCCACAUUUCUGCAACAGCCAACAUGGCUAUCCCACUUCUAGAAUUCCUUUCAACUUUAGCCAGAUUGCCUCACCUCUACAGGAACUUUGCUGCCGAGCAGUAUGCAAGUGUGUUUGCCAUCUCCCUGCCAUACACAAACCCUUCCAAAUUCAAUCAGUAUAUUGUAUGCCUGGCUCAUCAUGUUAUAGCCAUGUGGUUCAUCAGAUGCCGCCUGCCCUUUCGAAAAGACUUUGUUCCCUACAUCACCAAGGGCUUACGCUCCAAUGUUCUCCUGUCUUUUGAUGACACCCCUGAAAAGGACAGCUUCAGGGCUCGGAGCACAAGCCUUAAUGAGAGACCCAAAAGUUUAAGGAUAGCCAGACCCCCCAAGCAAGGCUUGAAUAACUCUCCUCCCGUGAAGGAAUUCAAAGAGAGCUCUGCAGUUGAUGCCUUCCGGUCCCGCAGCAUCAGUGUGUCUGAACAUGUGGUUCGCAGCAGGAUACAGACAUCCAUCACUAGUUCUAGUUUGGGUUCUGCAGAUGAGAAUUCAAUGGCUCAGGCUGAUGAUAACCUAAAAAACCUUCACCUGGAGCUCACAGAAACUUGCUUGGAUAUGAUGGCCAGAUAUGUCUUUUCCAACUUCACAGCUGUACCCAAGAGGUCUCCUGUGGGAGAAUUUCUUCUUGCUGGAGGGAGAACCAAAACGUGGUUGGUUGGGAACAAGUUAAUAACUGUAACAACAAGUGUUGGUACUGGGACCAGGUCCCUGCUAGGCCUGGAUUCUGGGGACCUGCAGAAUUCUGAGUCAAGCACAGAUCCCAGUUUGCAAGUGAGACAGACAAAGGAAGCACCGGCCAAGUUAGAGUCCCAGGCUGGCCAGCAAGUUUGCCGGGGGUCUCGAGACCGGGUUCGGUCCAUGUCAGGGGGCCAUGCUCUCCGGGUCAAUGCCUUGGAUACUCCAGCCUCCCACUUCCCAAGCAAUCCCACUUCUCCAGGAUUACAGAGUACACCUGCUGCUCGUACAGAGAAGACUUCAGCCAGCGCCCAGACCCCUUUACAGAAGGGAAAGACCAACCUGGCUGCCUAUGUGCCCCUGCUCACCCAGGGCUGGGCGGAGAUCCUGGUCCGCAGGCCCACAGGGAAUACCAGUUGGCUGAUGAGCUUGGAAAACCCUCUUAGUCCAUUCUCUUCAGAUAUCAACAACAUGCCACUCCAGGAGCUCUCUAAUGCAUUAAUGGCAGCUGAGCGUUUUAAGGAGCACCGGGAGACUGCCCUGUACAAGUCCUUGUCAGUGCCAUCAUCUAGCCUUACCACAGGGACAGACAAGCCUUCCCUCCUACAGCGUUCCAAUACAGAGUCGGCAGUUGUUCUGGAAGAGGGAAGCCAAACUGAGGUGGACUUGAGAGAGACAGACUCACCAUCCGAGUCUCAGGAAAUAGAGGAUUUUGAAGCCAUUGGCUCUCAGUCAACUGCAAGUGAUGAGAGGUUUGGCAGACUUCAGGAUGUCUAUAGUAGGUCCUCUUCCACUUCAAGUCAAGAAGAGAAAUCCUUCCGCUCUGAAGAGCUCAUGGCAGGUGGGAUUCCCAUUGAGAGGGCUGUCUCUUCUGAAGAUGGCAGGCCCAUAGCUGAGCACUCCUUCCAGCCUUCUCAGCCCCUGAGCAAGUCCAGCUCUUCCCCUGAGUUACAGACCCUACAGGAUGUCCUCAAGGAUGCGGAGGAUAAAGGCCAUCUUGGGAAGCUGAGCACAGAAGUCAAAGCCAAGUCCCAGUCAGGGAAUUUAGAAGGGGAAGGAGCCAACAUCUGGCCGAACCAAGGGGAGGAGAGCAGAGGACUUGGUGCAGGUCGGCAAGAGGCUGCGAUGCCAUCUUCAAGCUCGCCACGUUCCCCAAGUGGCCUCCGACCUCGGGGCUACACCAUCUCUGACUCAGCCCCCUCGAGGAGGGGCAAGAAGAUGGAGAAGGAUGCCUUCAAGAGUAGAGCUGCCACUUCUAACACAGAGAAGGUGCCCGGGAUUAACCCCAGCUUCGUAUUCCUGCAGCUCUACCAUUCCCCUUUCUUUGGAGAUGAGUCCAACAAGCCACUCCUCUUACCUCCUGAGACAUUCGAAAGGUCCGUGCAGCUCCUAGAUCAGAUUCCCUCUUAUGACACCCACAAGAUUGCUGUCCUGUAUGUGGGAGAAGGCCAGAGCAACAGCGAGAUUGCCAUCCUUUCCAAUGAGCAUGGCUCCUACAGAUACACAGAGUUCUUGACGGGCUUGGGGAAGCUCAUUGAACUCAAAGAUUGCCAGCCAGACAAGAUCUACCUAGGAGGCCUGGAUGUGUGUGGGGAGGAUGGGCAGUUCACCUACUGCUGGCAUGAUGAUAUCAUGCAAGCUAUCUUUCACAUUGCCACUCUAAUGCCCACCAAAGACUUGGACAAAUACCGCUGUGACAAGAAGAGGCACCUGGGGAAUGACUUUGUAUCAAUUAUCUACAAUGACUCUGGAGAAGACUUCAAAUUGGGCACCAUUAAGGGCCAAUUUAAUUUUGUCCAUGUAAUAAUCACUCCUCUGGAUUAUGAAUGUAACCUGGUCACGCUGCAGUGUCGGAAAGACAUGGAAGGCCUCGUGGAUACCAGUGUGGCUAAAAUUGUAUCAGACCGAAACUUGCCCUUUGUUGCUCGCCAGAUGGCACUGCAUGCGAAUAUGGCAUCCCAAGUCCAUCACAGUAGAUCAAAUCCGACAGACAUCUACCCCUCCAAGUGGAUCGCCAGAUUGCGUCACAUCAAACGAUUGCGCCAUAGGAUCCGGGAAGAAACCCAGUAUCCGAACUCUGGCUUCCCCUUGAUGCAGAUGCAUCCACCAGCUCACCCCAAGUCCCCACCGCAGGCCCCAUCUGACCCCACCCCCACCUAUGAGACCGGCCAGAGGAAACGGCUCAUCUCUUCAGUGGAUGACUUCACAGAGUUUGUCUGAGCCUUGGGGACAAAAGCCUGUGCUCAUUUCCCAAGGUAGUAGUGGCUCUGGUUCAGAUCCCAUAACACUACAGGGCCUGGCAGUGACUUCACAGCCUUUUUGACUUAAUUGGCAUUUCAGCUGUUGAGCCCUAAACUGGCUUUUUCUCCUGCUGUGAAAUCAGCACAGGCCCUCUGCCUAGAGAGCUAGCUGGGCCCAGCCUGGUGCUACUCAAGUGGUAGUGAGAACUGUUAAUAAAUGUAAAUGAAAUCAAGGGUUUGGAUGGACUGCCCUUGGGACAGAGGAGAGGCUUAGCUCUCCCCUUGCAUGACAGCUUUUUCUGGAACCCCAGACAAUAAUCAGAGAAGCAAGAAAGUAGCAGUCCAUAGUAUUUAUUUGACUUUGUCUUUUUUGUAAUUGUGGGUUUAUUAAAAAAAAAAAAAAAAAAGAGGGCAAUGUUUGUGGCCUUGGUCAUGGUCCCAACUAGAAAAGCAGUAUAUUGAGUAUCCAGACAUAGCUGGGCAAUGUUGUAUCCUGGUAGGUAAGACAAAACCAAUAAUAAAUAAGGAAACAUCUUUGGGGGCCUGCCUAGCCAGCCCUGGGUGGCCAGGCAGCAUGAGGAGAGAAUUUGGCUUUUUGCCUUGUUUUCCCCAUAGUCCUUUCUCAGAUCUUUCCAUGACUUCCCCCUCCUGCCUUCCCUAUGCACUCCCGAGCAGCUCUGUAGCCUCUCCAGGCUUAGGGCAGUUGUCCUAUCUUUGCCACACCAAGAGUGGUCUUUUGUGGUCUUCACCUAGUGCUCUUCCCCUCUCUUCCUUUUCUUCUCUCCUUCCUACUCUUUGCCCUCCUAGCCACAGGGAUCAGGCCCUGUCCAGUGCACCCUGGGCAUGUCUCUCUCUUAGAGGGGUUUGGUUAACUCUGAUAGCUGUUGUCUGUCUCUCACACACAUGCACACACCACACACACAGACACCACCUGAUUCCAUCACACUUUCCUCUUGGCACUUAUUGAUCCUGGCCCAUCUCCCCAAUUUAUGGCUGAAGCAAGCUUACAUCUGGGGGGGGGGGGCCUCCUGCUCCAGUUCCUUCCUCUCCCUAUCAUUUUGGGCAGGUGGGUAGGACAAAUAAGCCUGUUAAAAAAGGAUCACCACACCCUCUUCCCUCCCUCCCAAGGCUGGACCUGGC